AUGUGCAAAGAUCCGCCAUGCCAAUUUUACCUCCACUAUGAGCUCACCGCUCCUUUCGGGGUCGUCGAGAAGCCACUCCUGCCCUCGGUCGUGGCCACCAAGCCUCCCGACAGCGGAACGGCCUGCUCUGCAUUUGUGGAAGCCAGAUCCAUUAUGAGUGUCGCCUUGCCGAUAGUUCUGACCGGCUUACUUCUCUACUGCCGCUCCAUCAUCUCCAUGCUCUUCCUCGGCCGGCUCGGCGAUCUCGCCCUCGCUGGCGGCUCCCUGGCCAUUGGCGUCGCCAACAUCACCGGCUAUUCCGUGCUCUCAGGCCUUGCCAUGGGCAUGGAACCCAUAUGCGGCCAGGCCUUCGGGGCGCGCCGCUACCGCCUCCUCAGUUUUGCCCUCCACCGCUCCGUCCUCCUCCUCCUCGCCGCUUCCUUCCCCAUUGCUCUGCUCUGGUACUACAUCCUCCCUCUCCUUCUUCUCCUAGGCCAGGACCCCGCCCUGGCCUCCGUCGCCGCCUCCUACCUCCACGCUUGCCUCCCAGACCUUUUCCUCCAGUCCUUACUCCACCCGCUCCGAAUUUACCUCCGGACGCAGUCCAUCACCCUCCCGUUGACCAUCUGCGCCAGCCUCGCCGUCGUCCUCCACCUUCCCAUCAAUUUCCUCCUCGUCUCCGUCCUCCAUCUAGGCAUCGGCGGCGUCGCCCUUGGAUCCGUUUUAUUCAACCUUAACGCCGUCCUCUUCCUGAUCAUCUACAUCUACUUCUCCGGCACUGACCGUAGAACCGGCGGUCUAACCUUUGGGUCGGAAUGCUUCAGAGAAUGGAGACCGUUGCUAGGCCUCGCUAUUCCUAGCUGCAUCUCCGUGUGCCUGGAGUGGUGGUGGUACGAGAUCAUGGUCAUCUUGUGCGGGCUUCUGGUAAAUCCGGCGGCCACCAUCGCCUCCAUGGGGAUUCUGAUCCAGAUCACGUCGCUAAUCUACAUUUUCCCUUCCUCGCUCGGCAUUAGCGUGUCCACCCGCGUCGGCAACGAGCUCGGUGCGAACCGACCGGACCGGGCCCGGCGGGCCGCAGAAGUCGGGCAGUGGUGUAGCGCCGCGCUGGGGCUCCUGGCGCUCGGAUUUACGCUCGCGGUGCGCCACACGUGGGCGAGGAUGUUCACGUACGAUGCGCCCAUCAUGGAGCUUACGGCGGCUGCGCUGCCCCUGCUGGGGCUGUGCGAGCUGGGAAACUGCCCGCAAACCACCGGAUGCGGCGUCCUGCGGGGCAGUGCGCGCCCAAAACUAGGCGCAACCAUCAACCUCGGUUCGUUCUACCUCGUCGGUGCACCGGUUGCUGUCGCGCUGGCGUUCUGGACGCCACUCGACUUCCGGGGUCUCUGGCUCGGGAUGCUUGCGGCGCAGGCGACCUGCUCCGCCCUGAUGUUGCUCUCCGUCAGAAAGACCGACUGGGAAGCGCAGGCAGCGCGUGCUCGAAGCCUGACAGGUGCAGAAGCCGAUGCCGGCGAUGAGUCGCCGUCAAAGCAGCCGCCGUGGCAGUGA